AACUAGACAAGGAAUUAAUAUUUGACGGCUUAGUGAGCUUGCUGAGACACUGUUUCCUGUGCUCUUAAUGAAAAAUUGAGGCACGCAGUAGUUGCAACAUGGCAUUAGCAAGUGGACACUGGAUUCGAAAAGAAGCAAUUGGAGAUCCUCCCACUCCUAGACAUGGGCAUGCAUUGGCUAUUGCAGGAAAUAUAGCAUUCAUGUUUGGAGGCUGUUCCUUUCAUAAUACUUGUGAUGAUCAGCCAACAUAUUUAAAUGACUUCUACAUGUUGACAAUUACUCCUACUGAUCUGACUUGGGAAAGGAUACCACAGGAUGGACAUAUUCCUUGUCCAAGGCAAGGGCAUUCACUUUGCAUAGUAAAAGACAAGAUAUAUUUAUUCGGAGGUUCUUCAAGUGAGAAUGCUGAGCACUGCCUUCCAGGCAUCUACAUAUUUGAUCUUGGUUCCUUAACCUGGCAGAAAGUUACUACCACUGGUAUUGCACCUCUAACUCUCAAACACAGUUCAGCUGUUGUAGGGGAAAACAUCUAUGUGUAUGGUGGUACCAAGUGUGGAAAAGCUGUUGAUGACCUGUAUGUGUUCAAUACAGUAUCCCAGAGUUGGACUCCAGUCAAAACAUCUGGUUCAGCCCCAGGUGCCAGGUCAGGCCAUGCUUUUGCAUCCAUUGGAGAAAUCAUCUAUAUGUUUGGAGGUUGCUCCAACGAAGAUUACUAUUGUACAGAUGUGUUUGCACUGGACACAGUAUCUUUAUCAUGGCAAAAGUGUGAAGUCAAGGGAGAAAAGCCAGUUGGGAGGUCACAUCAUACAUUUACAGCGCACCAUGAUAAGGACAUUUAUCUGUUUGGAGGAACUUCAGAGUCUGAAGAGGGUCGCAAAAUCCAAAGGAAUGAUAUUAUGAAAUUAAGUUUAGCACGGAAGAAAUGGAAGAUGCCACUUUAUGUAGGGAUCCCCCCUGCUUGCAGACAGAACCAUGUUGCUUUUAUUCUCCACAGCCAUCUCUAUAUCUUUGGUGGAAUAAAUGGAAAAGAUUUCAACGAUCUUGUAGGAAUGAAAUUGAUAAAGCCUUCAGACAGACAACCUAUUAUGAAGGAGAUUUUUUCAGAACUGGGAAUCCAAGAAAUAAACAGCAGGUUUACACCCACCAAAAUCCCCAAAGUGAGAUAUGAACUAACAGAUUCUGCUUUGCUGGCUGCAUCAGUUUCUCCACCACCUCCUGUUCCAGCAACUCAGCUCCAAGAUUUCCAUUCUGUGCGUAACCAAGCAAUGGAGAUGAUUACACGGGCCUUUGCUUUGCUGGAUUCUGAAUUUCAAAAACUCGAAAUCGCAAAGGCUGAAUUGCUCCAAGCAACAUCGGUUUUCCAACAGGAAAAAGAGCAGUAUGACAUGCAAUUUAAAAAUCAACACAAGGACCUCCAAGACAUGCUAGAAAAACACAAGGCCCAAAAUGAAGCAUGGCUCAAAGCCAGAGCUGAAGAAAAUGACAAGGAAAGAAAAGAGCUCUACAGACUGAGGGAAGAGAUUCUAUAUGAUCAGGAAAGGUUGAGAGAUGAACAGCAAAGCAUUCAGCGGCACAACCAGCAGCUCCUUUCUAUAAUGCAGCAGUUCAAAGGAAUGUGAACAGUUUGCUGAAUAAAGCCUGGUCACAUGUACUAGAUCAUAACAACAACACAGCACCCCUUGAACAACUGAGCUCUUAUGUCUAGUGUAACAAAGCUCCCGUUACCAUACAAAGUGAAGUUUGAUCUCUCUAAGUUUCCAUUCAGCCCGGGGAUGAAGGCUCAAUUAAAUUCCCUUCCUCUUUUUAAAAACACUUCAGGCCUUUAAUUCAGUAUUCUUUUUUUUACACACACAAAAAUCAAACAUGUCUCUGUUCAUAUAAGAAUGAAAUUAAUUUUAAAGUCUGACAUGGUAAAAAGAAAAAUCAGAAUAAAUGCAAUGCUGUCCUUACACAAUAUAUACUUUCAUAAUAUAUCCUUUUUUAUAUAUAAAAAAUUAAAUAUUUUGGGAAAAUGGAGGAUUCUUUUGUUAGGAAGCUACUUUGUCUUAUUGGGCUUUUCCAGCUGGUGGACUGGAAUGUAUCAUCAUGAAAAAUCUCUUCUCCAUCCCUAAACUAUAUAAUGGUGAAGUUUGAAAGUGUAACAGUAAUAAAUAUUAAACAGAAUAUAUUUGAUUAUGAAAGCAGACAUGAUGAGUGAAGUGAGAUUUUUAAUUCCUCUUCUUUGUAAAUACCUUGGUAUACCUGAUCUGCAUUGUGUGUUCUUAAUUUUUGGUGGAUGCUGGUACAUUUUUUCUGCGAACUUUCAAUUAUGAAAAUUUUCCUAGACAUCCAUUAAGAUGUUAAAUAUUUGACUCAUCUUUAUAUGUAUGCAUACAUUCAUAUCUUGAUCUGAAAGGAUUAAAUACAUUGUGUUUAAAAUAUCAUGGAAGAAAUUAUUCAUGCUUCUUUCGUACAGACAUUUUUUAAAUUUAUUUCAAACAUUUAUACCCCAUCCUUCUCUACCCCUGAGGGGGGACUCAGGGCAGCUUACAAUGGCAACAAUUCGAUGCCGGCAACAUAUAAAACAUUACAGUAAAAUAUUACACAGUAAAUAAAACAUUAAAUUAAAAUCAAUUUAAAACAUUAUUAUUAGAGUAGAGGCAGGUUUUCAAAUGGUCCGGAGACUUGGAGCUAAUCCAUUGCAUGGAAAGGAUAUGGGGGAGGAAGACACUGUGCAAGGUGUACCCAACACAAAAGAUGCCCACAACAUCUGAAGACACCCAUCCGUUUGGAUGACCAAACAAGGGAACCAUGUUUGGAAAGGACCUAUAGCAGGCAAUAAAGGACCCUUCUACACUGCCAUAUACAAUUCAGAUUAUCUGCUUUGAGCUGGGUUAUAUGGCAGUGUAGACUCACUGGGGCCACAGUAGUGCAACAAGUUAAACUGUUGAACUGUUGAAUCUGCUGACGUAAAGGUUGGUAGUUUGAAGCCGUAUGUCAGGGUGAGCUCACACUGUUAGCCCCAACUCCUGCCAACCUAGCAGUUUGAAAACAUGCAAAUGUGAGUAGAUCAACCCAUACCUUCAGUGGGAAGGUAAAAGGCACCCAUGCAGUCAUGUGAACAACACAGCCAGAAGGUGUCUAUGGACAACAGGUUCCUCAGCUUGGAAAUGGAACAAGAGCAUGUUUCCAUGGCCAGAGUUGAGCACCAUCUCCAGAAAGCCGGAGAAGAAAGGGGAAGCCUUUACCUUUGUUCUGUGUAUUUGUAUGUUAUUGUUAUUUCAUUGCCAAUUUCUUGUAAAUUAAUCAAUGAAGAAAGUAAAUCCUGGCUGAUGUCUUUGUAUAUAAUACACUACUCUGGUUUUAAUAUUUUAUUAGGCUAUUUUGAAAACCCAUACAUGGUAAUACAAAAGGAAAUCCCACCGUAACUUAUAGAAGAUAACUCUUUUUUAUUGUUAGAGUCUCAGUACACAAAGAGUUUUACAAACUUUAUUGCUUUAACAUUAGAACAAUCUAAAGAUUAUAAAUAGGAUAAGGCUGCUGUUCUUUUGCAACUGAGAAAUGGUUAAGCAAAAGCCUGAUUUUCUCAGUUUUUGUUAGACUUGCUUUCUCUGCAUAGUGACUUUUGUAAUUGCGUAAUGGUGUUUUAAGUUUUAUCUCUCCCCUCCCCCCCCCCUUCGGUUCCAUACCUGUUACAAUAUCCUGUGUUUUAAAAUGUGAUUUUAAACUGUUUUUAAAUAACUGCUUUACUGGAGAGUUGUCCCUCCCCUCCCAGGGCGCUUGUGCCCCGCUUUGUGCUGGUCAGUGACCGUAAUAAAGUUUUGUACUUGUA